CAAAACGCAUUCCUCUGAUUGUUCUCUCUCUCUUACAGAGAUGUAAGCAGAGAAGCAUGAAGGAUCUCGAUUUGAACGCCGGCAAAGGCGAGCCUGCGAUGUCACGAAUCAUGUAUCCUUUCUUCCUUUGUAAUUCUCUUUCUCAAGCCAAAGUCAUUGACCUGUCGCAGUCCUUCCAAAAGAUUGCCCGACGAACUUCGCCGAUGCGAAUGGCGAACCCAAAUUCUUUAUCCAAGAAGUCGACAACCGUGAAAAUUCGAGCAGUUCGGAAUUCAUAUCGAUCUCGAGGAUAUGUUCAAUGACUUGGACGAGGAGUUCCUCAGAUGGGUAACCGAAAAUACUCGUCAUAUCUUGGAAUUUUCACGGAUUCCAUUGAUGAACUCAUGUCAGAGUCAAUUAAAGGACUGCUGGAUGACGAGCAUGAUAUCCUGAUGAUACAGAGGACAGGACGGGGAUUGAGAAUACAGAUGGUUCAGAUCCACUCCAGAGGAUGCCGCCAGAGAUUGAGCGUUGUAAGUACAAGGACAAACCCUAUUGCCGCUGUCUCAUUUCUUUCUUGAAGUCACUUAUUAUGUCGAACAAGUUGUUAGUAAUUAUAAUAUACUAGUGGCAAAUUUGAUAGUUCACUACUGUAUAGUCUUGUAGAGUAGUUUUAGAUCAGGUCAGCCAUGACUGAGGAAUUCUACCAAGGUGGUAUUUGCUUAAUUCAUAAAUGGAGAUCACAAUGGUUAUUGUUUUGUUGUUAGAUGCCCUCGUUGGAACCCUUCAACAGAAAAAGAGCACCGUGUCCUUCAUUUGGGAGAUCAUUUGGUUUGAUUUACGGUUAUUAAUUUUGUUAUAUCCUGACCCUAAUUUUCUGUAGGAGUGUUAGUGUUUUGGCGUUCCGGCCUAGCCUCCCUAAGUUAAAGCUUCUGAAGAAAAACCAUUUAUCAUUCAGAUGUUUAGCCAUUGAUGCAGGUAGCAGUGUAUACUUGUGAAGAACGUGGCUUUGAAAUUACCUGGAUUUAGAGCAAUGCAGAUGCAUAAUUGGAGGCCAUUCUGUCAUUCAUGUCAAGGAAAAAUACGAGGACUGAAAAGACAUGGGUAUUUGUGCUAUUGAUGAGUUCAACAAAGAUGGAGGAAUCAGAUCGGACAGCAAUAUGUUAGGUGAUGGAGCAGCAGACAGUCAGCAUUGCCAAUGCUGGAAUGACCACAUUUCUUAAGACAAGGCCUGCUGUUUUAGCUGCUGCAAACACUGCUUUGGCAUAUAUCUCAGCUGCAAGAAUAAUGUCUCUGUAUGUGUUUAAGGAGCUGGAUGAGUACAUAGUGAGUGCAUACUCUAGCAUUUGGCAGGAUGAGACAAAGUCAAGUGCUCCUCAUUCCUACCACAAAUUCUACGGAUAUCAACUAAGCAAGGCUCAGAUUCCCAGAAACUGUGGCUCCAAGUGAUGUGGGCGAGGCACUAAGGUUAAUGCAAAUGUCAAAGUUCCCACUGUAUUCAGAAGAUCGUCAGAUAUCUGGUAUGGACACCAUCAAAGACAUCUAUACAAUUCUUCAAGAUGAAGCUGCAAGGAUGAGCCGUCUGGAUGUGAACCAUGCCCCUCCACUCAAUUGGAUCUCCAGAAAGGCUUUGGAAAAAUCAUGGCUCUCCAAAAAAGUGUCCCAGCUGGUGAUGCCAUUCCUUCUCUUAAUAUGCCACCUUCAAAAUUUUCAAAUAAGGUGCAUGAGAAGGCUCCAUAUCCAGAGGAAGAAGGAGCUGCAUGUCCUCCUGCGGAAGCUGAUGUAGAUAUUGACCUCAGAGAAGUUUACUUUCUGAUUAUGCAUUUUCUAUCUGCUGGGCCAUGUCAUAGAACUUAUGGACAGUUUUGGAAUGAGCUCCUGGAACAUCAACUUCUACCUAGAAGAUAUCAUGCUUGGUAUUCAAGGAGUGGGGUACGCAGUGGGGAUGAAAAUGAUAGUGGGCUGUCCUUCCCCUUGAGUUACAAUAAAUUGGUAGAGAGGUAUCCCCACAUUGAAAAGGAUCAUUUGGUGAAGCUUCUAAAGCAACUGAUAUUGAAUACGGCCCCACCAUUGAAUGGUAUGGUUGGAGGAAACACACCAAAUGCAGCUGAUGUUCCAACAAUCUUAGGAUCUGGUUCCUUCUCACUUCUGGAAUCUGAUAGGAACAAAGAUAAGAAAGUCAACCACAUGCCUAGCUACUUGCGUUGGCCUCACAUGCAGGCUGAUCAGGUGCGUGGUCUAAGUUUGAGGGAAAUUGGAGGUGGUUUCACGAAACAUCAUCGUGCUCCAUCCAUUCGUGCAGCUUGUUAUGCUAUUGCUAAACCAUCAACAAUGGUGCAAAAGAUGCAAAAUAUAAAGAAGCUAAGGGGACAUCGUGAUGCUGUCUAUUGUGCCACAUUCGAUUGCACUGGGAGAUAUGUGAUUACAGGUUCUGAUGAUCGCCUUGUAAAAAUUUGGUCAAUGGAAACUGCAUUUUGCUUGGCCAGCUGCCGUGGGCAUGAAGGGGACAUAACUGACUUGGCUGUCAGUUCAAACAAUGCUUUGGUGGCAUCCUCGUCAAAUGACUUUGUCAUUCGAGUUUGGCGUUUGCCAGAUGGGCUUCCAAUUUCGGUUUUGCGGGGGCAUACUGGAGCUGUUACUACUAUUGCAUUUAGUCCAAGGCCUAGCUCUGUUUACCAGCUUUUAUCGUCAUCAGAUGAUGGUACAUGUCGGAUAUGGGAUGCUAGAAACUCUAACUUCAGUCCACGAGUUUACAUUCCAAGGCCUGUGGAUGUCACAGCUGGAAAGACCAAUGGUCCCUCUUCAAGUGUUGGUCCUCAGAGCCAUCAAAUACUUUGUUGUGCAUUUAAUGCUAAUGGGAUUGUUUUUGUCACUGGGAGCUCAGACACUUUAGCCCGGGUACAUCUAGGAAUUUUUUUACGUAGUGUUUGCAUGCUCUACUUCAUUUUCAAGUCCAUUCCUAAAAUGAAUUUAGCUGUAAUUCUAUAUGCUUUGUUACCAAGGAUCAAUUACUUGCAGGUGUGGAAUGCUUGUAAAUCAAACACAGAAGACUCAGAUCAACCAAAUCAUGAGAUGGAUGUGCUAUCUGGCCAUGAAAAUGAUGUGAACUAUGUGCAAUUCAGUGGUUGUGCUGUGCCAUCAAGAUCUUCUACAAUUGAUGCUUUGAAGGAGGAGAAUGUUCCAAAGUUUAAGAAUUCCUGGUUUACUCAUGACAACAUAGUCACCUGUUCUCGCGAUGGAAGUGCUAUCAUUUGGAUUCCAAGAUCACGUAGAUCUCAUGGAAAAGUUGGACGCUGGACACGGGCAUAUCACCUGAAGGUUCCACCCCCACCAAUGCCUCCUCAGCCUCCUCGUGGAGGCCCACGUCAGAGAUUACUUCCAACUCCUCGUGGUGUUAAUAUGAUUGUCUGGAGCCUGGAUAACCGUUUUGUGCUUGCUGCCAUUAUGGAUUGCAGAAUAUGUGUUUGGAAUGCUGCUGAUGGUAGCCUGGUCCAUUCUUUGACCGGUCAUUCUGAAUCUACCUAUGUUUUGGAUGUUCAUCCUUUCAACCCCCGGAUGGCUAUGAGUGCUGGUUAUGAUGGGAAAACCAUAUUGUGGGAUAUAUGGGAGGGAACACCCAUUCGCAUAUAUGAAACUGGCCGCUUCAAGUUGGUAGAUGGGAAGUUUUCUCCGGACGGAACAUCAAUUAUACUUUCAGAUGAUGUUGGGCAAAUAUACAUAUUAAAUACAGGCCAAGGGGAGUCUCAAAAGGAUGCCAAAUAUGAUCAGUUCUUCCUUGGGGAUUAUCGUCCCCUUAUACAAGACACUCAUGGGAAUGUUCUUGAUCAGGAGACUCAACUUGUUCCUUAUCGGAGAAAUAUGCAAGAUCUCCUCUGUGAUUCAAGCAUGAUUCCUUAUCCAGAACCUUAUCAGAGUAUGUACCAGCAACGGCGAUUAGGUGCUUUUGGUUUGGAGUGGCGUCCUCCUUCUGUAAAAUAUGCUGUUGGAGCAGAUACCAGUCUUGGCCUCCAAGAUUACCAAAUGCUGCCAAUGGCGGACUUGGACAGAAUGAUUGAUCCGCUACCAGAGUUCAUAGAUGUAAUGGACUGGGAACCAGAAAAUGAAGUCCAAAGUGAUGAUAAUGAUUCAGAAUACAAUGUUACUGAGGAAUAUUCAACUGAAGGUGAGCAGGGAAGCGCAAGUACCAGCUCUUCCAGUGAUCCAGAGUGCACUGGAGAAGACAGUGAGGUUGAGCACAGCCACAAGGACAGCCUUCGCAGAUCAAAAAGAAAGAAGCACAAAGAAGUUGAGUUUAUGACUUCUUCUGGAAGGCGUGUUAAAAGGAGGAAUUUGGAUGAGCGAGAAGGCAUUCUAUCCAGGACUAACAGGGCUAAGAAAUCAAGAAACAGCAGGAAAGCUUCAAGGAGGAAGUCCUCUACCUCAAAAUCAUCACGUCCUCGGAGAGUUGCUGCUCGGAAUGCUCUUAAUUUGUUUUCACGAAUAACCGGAGCAUCAACUGAUGGAGAAGAUGAAGUUGGCUUAGAAGGUGAUUCAUCAGAUAGUGAAUCAAUGAAUAUUCAGAACUAUGAAUCUGACAGAUCUAUGCAGAUUGGGCAAGAGAAACAUCCUGGAAAGAAAGAAUUACUUUUGGAUGAGACUGAAGAUGUGUUCAAUCCUCCUGAAGUUCCUGAAUCUGUUAAAAAUAUAGGGGACAGGAAGAGGUUGGUCCUGAAAUUUUCAAAGAAGCCUCCAGAGGGUACAAGAUCUGAUGUUGAAAAAAUGGUUGGUUUAGUUGGUUCAUCAUCAAAAAAUCCUCCAGAAAUUAGUAAUGCAUAUUUAGGCUCUGAAGAUCCAGGUUCCUCUGGCCAUGCAAUAAACACUGUUCUGUCUCAAACCUGCAAUGGAAGCAAAAUCAGAGAGAGAACACUGUCUGAGAGGUCUCAGGAUCAUUUGGACGUGCCGGUAGGAUACAAGGAUAACAGAAUUAGAUGGGGAGAGGUCAAGGCACGCACAUCCAAGCGGUUGAGAUCAGGCAUGCCGACUGAUGGUUGCCCUGGAUCUAUUCUGAGUCAUGAUGGCCACGAGGAAUUAGGAAAUAGUGUCAAUGAACUCAUGAAACCUGUUAUCAAGCAGGAAAUGGCAUCUCCUUGUGCUUCAGAAGGUUUGGGUGGUGCAAGAAGUAAAGAGCUUGCUCCUGAGUUGGUACAUGAGUCUGGAUUAUUUAAGCUCUCAUCCCCUGAUGAACUCCAACAGAAAAGGAUUGCAUCUCCAGUUAAUUGUAAUGGAUAUGUUAACACGGGAACUAAUGACCAAUCUGAGCUUCGUGAAUCCAGAGAUUACAGUGACAAGGUAAGAGAUGUCAAAAUUGAAUCUCCGUGCUUUGCCAAUCACUCUGUGGAAGUGAAAGAAAAGCCUCCACCUAGUUCUACCAAGUUUAGGAUAAAAACGAAACAGAGUUUGAGGGAACCUGAAAGUCCUUCCAAGCAAAAUUUUGUUACCGCAACUGAGGAUUGGAGAAGUUCUGCAUGUGAGUCAAUGUUCAAAAGUCCGAUGCCCAUAGAACAGAACCUAAUUUUGGGAGUGCCUGGUGGGGAUGAAGGUACAAGUGGACACAAACAAGAUCAUGGAGAUUUGAAUGGGUUAGGGAAAUCAGAGGCUUUAAUUGAUAAAGGCUUUAGUUCAUCCGCUUUAGAAGAUUUGAAAGGGUUUCAUUCAGAUUCUAACAAUAAGCUGUGCCAUGUUGUCUAUAAAAGAUCGAAGUCAUACAAGGCCAAACUUGAUUCAGAAGCUGAUGGUGGUGGUAUGGGAGAAAGUUCUUCUCCUGCAAGCAACCAUAUUCUUGAAUUGGGGACGGAAUUCCCAGCCGAUGCACCCGAUGAGCCACGUAGAACAAGAUCCAUGGGAAUGAAUGCAACCAUGCAGGAAUUUAAUACUCUGAACCGUAAUCUCAGAGUGAGGGAAGGUUAUGGGUCAGCAGAAACAUCAAAAAGUGCAGACAAGUUUACCGGGAACACACGUGAGCUACUCCUAUGUGAAGAAUGGAGAUCACCUUCAAAAAUGCCUGUGGGCUUUAGGUCUGCUAGAAGUAGGAGAGGCAGUUGCUAUGACGGUGGCAUGAAGCUUCAAGAUAAGAGGAAGUCAAAUCAUUCAGUGGGGAAAUUCUCUUGGUUAAUGUUAACAGAGCAUGAAGAAGGCUACCGGUACAUUCCUCAGUUGGGCGAUGAAGUCAUAUAUUUGAGACAGGGCCAUCAAGAAUUUAUGGAAAAAAUGCAUUCAGCAGAAGCAGGACCCUGGAUCUCAAUCAAAGGAAAUGUGAGAGCAACUGAACUCUGUAAAGUUAAUGAACUUGAUUAUUCCACUCUUGCGGGAUCUGGAGAGAGCUGCUGUAAAAUCACACUUGAAGUCAUAGAUUCAACUUCCAGUGUGUUUGGUAGAACAUUCAAGUUGACUCUGCCUGAACUAAAUGACUUCCCAGACUUUAUUGUUGAAAGAACACGGUAUGAUGCUGCAAUCAAGAGAAACUGGACACAUAGGGAUAAAUGUCAAGUCUAUUGGAGAGAGGAAAAUGGAGAAGGUGGGAGCUGGUGGGAAGGUCGGAUUCUAUCUGUAAAACCCAAGUCUUCCGAGUUUCCUGACAGUCCAUGGGAAAGAUUUGUUGUUUCAUACAAAAGUGAUUCUCCUGGCCAUCAUCUUCAUUGCCCUUGGGAACUGCAUGAUCUUGAUUUCCAAUGGGAACACCCUCAUAUUGAUGAGCAGACCAGAGCAGAACUGUUAGAUUCUUUCACUAAGUUGGAAAAAUCGGCUGGUAGAAAAGAGGACUAUUAUGGGAUUCAAAAAUUGAAACAGGUUGGACAUAAGUCAGAUUAUUUAAACAGGUUUCCAGUUCCGCUAUCCUUGAAAGUGGUCCAGCAAAGGUUGCUGAACAAUUAUUAUCGUAGCUUGGAGGCGGUGAGGCAUGAUGUUACAGUGAUGCUUUCCAAUGCCCAAUCCUACUUUGCAAAAAAUACAGAGCUUUCAACGAAGAUGAGACGGCUAUCAGACUGGUUCUCAAGGCAGUUGUGAUCAUUUUAGAUUUUCUCUACACAGUUUUGUAGAAGACUCAGUUUCAGAGGUUUCAGCGAGUCCUCGCUGGUUUUAUUUGUAGAUAUCUAUUCUUCAUUGUUAUUCAUUGAAGGUCUUUUCGCCUAUCGAUCCAAUUUUGGGGAUUUGGUUUUCCUUUCAACAACUGAUGUUUUGGGGGGAGGGGAAGGGGGUGGGGGUGAGAGAGAGAUUUGUAGUUAAAGGAGGCAGUUGUCUUGGAAAACCACACAAGAGAGUCAUUCAUUCAUGUAUAGAAGAGGCAGACACUGACUCUGUCGUUAUCCAUUAUAUUUUGCAAUAAGAAGAGAAAGAAGGUAAAAGGUUCCAAGAUCAUACUUUCUUCAAA